AUGGCAAGAACCACAAAGCCCAAGGCAAGAGUUACGUUCAACACAAACGUCAAAGGUCGUGCAGUCUUGAGUAUCUACAAUUACUCGCCCAGAGAGAUCACGGCAACAUGGUACAGUGGUAAGGAAAUGAAUGAAAUCUCGAAGUCAUGUUUCCGGAUCAUCGCGAGGAUGCAACGCGGCUGUGGAAAUGGUAAGAAGUACUGUACUCGAGGCCUCGAGGGUCGCACCAGGAAUGGUUAUGCGAUCCGAAAGAAGAGCAAAGAAACUGCAAUCUUGGCAGUUCUAAUGGAACAAUCAAAUCAGUGGAUUAAUGGGGGGGCCGCCGACGACGAAGCCAUCGCCGAAGUCUACCGCAAGACAACGAAAAGCGCUCAACUUUCGGCCCAAUUUGUUGGUAUGCGUGACCGACAAGUCGCCGAAGCCGUCCACUUCCCACCAAAGAAGGCCAAUCUCAUGGAAGAGAUGAUCAUGAAAGGAUUCAAGAAGUCAAGUCUCGUUGGACCCAAUGGAAGGACGAUUCUACCAAUCAAUAAAGUCCAGAGCCUUCCUACCAUCUAUAAUUCACGAAUGGCAUGA